AUGGCGAUAUGGCCCUUUAAUCGCAAGAGCAAGCGGCACACAAUCCAAGUGACCGGUGCCGAAGCUGCUGACCUUCACUCUUCGUUUGCCGAACCUACUGUUGAGCCCACCUUGGGCCGCAAAUCUUCCAAACGACAAAGCAACCGGACGUCACGGGCGGAGGCUACGGACAGCCGGCGUAGCUCGGCACGAGGACUGCCAAAUCGACCUGUCUCAUCUCUAGACCGCUCUGCUUCCCUCACCGACCAGUCACGGAACCCUCCACGCGACCCGCCACUCUCAAGAACAGGUUCCCUGCUGAGGCGGAAACCAAGCCAAAAUGCAAAUGUUCCGAAUAAACUACGGCGAAAGCUGAGCAAGCGCAAAGCAAACGAGAUCAUGCGCGAGCGUGAAAUUCGUCUUCUCUCCUCCACCCCCAUCGAUAUCCCUCAUCAUACGACAACUGCCAGUGCAGAUUAUGCACUGGAAAAACGCCGCCGAAAGGCAAAUGGUAGGCGUGCCGACCGGUAUAUGUCUGACAUCAGCCUCUCUAUCCGUGACUCCGCCACAUCCUCUACGUCCGACAUGUCCGACCCAUACACUUACAAAGUCAACGCUUUUGCCGCCUUGACCCCACGCCCCAUCGUUCGUUACGUGGAAGCACCUCGCCUGCAGACCGCCAGAAGCACUAACCAACCCGUCCCUGCCCGACAGGACAAAGAUAGGCUUCAGGGCCUGACCAUGUCCGACCAGGAUUUCUAUUAUUCUAAGCGACGAGUCAAUGAACUCGCUGACUCAUUAGAUGCCGGGGCCUUGAGAGAGCUGCUGGACCGUGAUCGUCGCCGCCGGGAGAAGAGACAGGUCGACGAGCAGGAACGACUUCGGCGUAAACUGCAAGAGAGGGCUGAUGCUCAACAGGCAGAGGAACAAAAGGUCCAGGUCGCCACCGAGCCCGUCCCCGAGCCUGUACCGGAACCCGAAACCGAAGUCGCUCAACCAGAGCCGUCCGUGGCUAAAGUCGCUGAACCUGAGAACUUUGUCUCGAACGAAGAGACCACCGCCCCUCAAGUUGAUGAACCAAUGGCUGUCGUACCGGAGCAUGGAUCGUGGUUGCUGGGAGCUUCCAAGGGCAGCGAGAACACUGGACGCGAAUCACGGGAAAGCUCUCACGCAGUGAGCAAUAUCGAUGAUAGUUCUGUUCGUGAGCGGAGAUUGGCUCAACGCCCCAGCUUCGCCCUGUCACACGACAUUACCAUGUCCCGGACUACUCUUUCCCCAUCCCAAUCAUCAGUUCGACAUGGGCUAACUAGCCCAAGCCAUUCGCAAACCUGUGGGUCGGAUAUCUCUAGAGGAGUUGACUCUGAACGCCGACUUUCCGAAACCAGCGGCCGCCGGGGCAAUACCAUCACUUCCCUGUUCAGGCGUGGUUCUUCGCGCCUCAAGCGGACAUACAAAGAGCGAUUCCACGACAGUACCCCGGAAGUCUCCAACGCCUCGCAUGAAUCUUUCUACAAAAUUCACACUCAAUCAUCACCUCCUCCACCCUCGAUUAUCCCUCCGAGAAUUCUAAUGCCCACUGGGACCCUGAUGCGCUCCCAAUCCAAGUUCACCGAACACUUUGGCGAUGAACCCCUGUCGCCUCCUGAUUCCCGCCUACAGUCGCCAGAUAUCCCGGAAGAAGUUCUCCCGGAAGAGGUUCUGGAGCCAUCCCUCGAGAGGGAUGAGACUUUCUUGCGUGAACCAACACCCAGCCCCGGCGUGGACAUCAAAAAUCCGAACCGAAGCCACCAUCGGUCGUGGGCUUCCGAUAGUAUUGACACCGAGGCCGACAACGUGCCACUUUCUCAAUCUCUGGCUUCGAUUGAUUCCGAGGGAUCUUGGAUGUCAGGUCAGUUUUUCCGCCGGAUGUCACAAAAGCCCAGCAGCCCAGUUCGGUCGAAUUUGAACUCAUUUGGCCGAGACUCGGUGGAACCCCCGGCAGAUGCCCUAGAAGAUGUUGAAUCGCUAGAUGAGUCCCGCCGUCAAAGCAGCAACAUCCUUGGUGAGCCAGAGCUUGAAACGGAAGCCGCAGACAGCUCGGCAAGCAACCUUGCUGAAAGAUGGCACAACGAAGUCGGCCGCCGCGCUGUUCUGGUGAACCCGGUGGUCCGUCCUAAGUCCACGCAAGGACUUCUUAGAGGAUACUCUUCAUUGACGCCCAUCUCCGCAGAGGAAGAUUAUAUUGUGGCGGAGACAACUCCCUCGGAACUGCAGCGCAUCCCUAGCGCGAAAGCCGAAAUUGGUUAUGCCGAAUAG